AUGUCCGAGUUGCUGGAAUUUAUUUUCACCCACGAGGACGCCUUCAAGAGUAGAGGCCGCCUCGCGUCUUUGUAUUCCGACUUUCGCAUCCAGCAAGCAACAAACCCGGACGGCUACCACGCCAACAUCUUAGCAUGGCGUCAAGCCCUCGCCCACGCCACUCGAGCUGGUCUCGUUCCCUCUCAGACCGGCGCCAACAACCUGCUCAUCCUGGGCACCGGUGAAGCUCUGCUGCGAGAGCUCGCAAGCAAGGACUUCGGCAGACCGCUGGCGCUGGCCGCAGUAAUACACGAUGCUGCUACGAGCAAGGAAAUGAUACCACUGAAGGACUUCCUCGCCGCAAAGACCAGUAUCUACUCGCGAAGCUGGAACUUGAACCCGUUCUCGGUUCUCUCUUGGGGAUUGCAGCAACUAGGCGUUAUCGGCGGAACAACAUCGCAAGACAAGCUGGCAGUCGGUGAAUUUGUUGUCAUGGCGAACCUAGAGGCCGCUAGCAGCGCCGUCAUCGCCCAAGCCUCGAGCCACAAGUCCGUCGUCGACCGCGUCUACUCUCUCGACUCUUUCCGCGCCGCCUUCGCCCACGCCCUCUCCCCUUCGCGCGAGUUCACGCCCACCGACAUCGCCGUCCUCCUCACCCACCUCUCCCGCGACAAGUCCGCCCUUUCCUACGACCCGGCCUCGCAAACCAUAAAGUUCGCCCCCGCCAACGCCACGCCGAGCCCCAUCACCCAACAAGACAUCACGAUCGCGCACCUCCGCGGCCUGAUCGCCUCGCUCAACGAGCAGAUCCCGGCCCUCGACGCGCGCAUCGCCGCGUGCGACGCCGCCGCCCGCUCCGCCGUCGCGACCAAGACGCCCGCGGCGCGCACGACGGCGCUGGCGGCGCUGCGCUCCAAGAAGUUGGCCGAGCAGGGCCUGCAGCGGCGCGCCGACACGCUCGCGCAGCUCGAGGCCGUGUACGCCAAGAUCGAGGCGGCGGCCGACAACGUCGAGGUCGUGCGCGCCAUGGAGGCCAGCGCCGGCGUGCUCAGGGGCUUGCACGCCCAGGUCGGCGGCACCGAGGGCGUCGAGGCCGUCGUCGAGGCGCUGCGCGAGGAGAUGGGCAAGGCGGACGAGGUCAACGACGUCAUCAACGACGUUGGCCGCGAAGGCGCUGCGGUGGAUGAGGACGAAGUGGACGAGGAGUUCGCGGCGCUGGAGCGGGCGGAGAAGGAGAAGCGGGAGAUGGAGGAGGCGGAGAGGACGGCGGCGAGGUUGAGGGAAGUGGAAAGGCUGGAGGAGGAUCGGAAGCGGGUGGAGAAGGAAAGGGAAGAAGAGAAACGGCGAGCCGAGGAGGCGAGGUCCUCUCAGGAGGAAGAAGAAGCGCAGGUGCUGGAGACGUCGCGAGAGUUGAAGCGUAUGUCGCUGGACGAAAAUAGGCCUGUUCCAGCAGAGUAG